AUGACCACAAUUGUGGAUGCAGAGGCUGCAGAGAUCCUGCUGCCAGUAUUUCUGGAGUCGCUCCAGAAGGUGUCACGGCGGUUAGUUCCACGGGUGCUGGUGCUAGCCUCGGAUGCCCAGGGCCUGCAGAUCUGCAGGACCAAGCAUGCGCACUGCUUGCCCUGGUUCCAACGCCUUAGUGCUGCGAUCGGUGCUCUGCAGCAGCUGCUGGCGAAAAAUUUCAAUGUGCUGGCGGCGGAUGUGGACAUGGUGUGGCUGAAGGACCCUUUUGCCGCACUGGAGCCCAACCUGUCAGACUUCCUGAUGACAGUGGACAGCACCAAUAGCACAGAUGACUCGCCUGCCCAGAAGCCCUGCGCCGGCCUCAUCUUUGCGCGCGCCACAGAGCCGACAAGGGCAUUGGUGAAAUCUUGGGUGGGCCUUGGGAGGGAAGGGGGCAAUGUUGGGCCUUCCUCAAUGUUUCCCAUGGCGUGGGCCAUGACUCAGAGCAGCUACCCGACACAGCUGCGGGUCUCCUAUCUGCCCACCCAGCAGUGA